AUGUCGAUGAUUGAGGUCCAACUACCCAAGUCAUACCUGCGCGAAGCCCGCGAGGCUCUCAGCGUCCACGAAUGCAUGCAGAUCUACGACAAGUGGGCGGCAACGUACAACGACGAGGUGGGAGACGUAGCGCAGGACUAUGUCGCUCCGAGCCUGGUGGCCCAGGCGGUUCUUCGCGUGGCAAACCGCUCGCCGGAAAGUGCUGCGAUACUGGACGCCGGGUGCGGCACCGGUCUGGUGGGACAGGCGCUGGCGACGGCGGGCGCGACGGUGAUCGACGGCUUCGAUCUCUCUCCUGCCAUGCUCGCCGUGGCCAGGGAGACCGGCGUCUAUCGCAACCUGAUCCGUGGGGAUCUGACCUGCCGGAUCGAGGUGGCGGAUGGAGUGUAUGACGCGGUGGUCUGCGUGGGCACCUUCACCCUCGGCCAUGUCGGUUCCACGCCAGCUUUGCGCGAGUUCGCUCGCAUCACCAGGACGAACGGCAUCGUGGCUGCGACGAUGCUGGAGGAGGUCUGGGUGCCUGGAGGCUUCCAGGCCGAGGUCGAGGCUCUGGUAUCCGAAGGCCAGGUGGCCGUUGUCUUUCAGGAGCUGAUCGACUACGUCAAGGGGCAUGGCGACAAGGCGAUGUUGGUGAUUUUGAAGAAGACUUUGCGCGCCGAAGAGAAAGGCUUGCAAUCUGAUAUGGAGGAUAGGUAUUGA